AUGCGUGUACUUGACUUUGUAAAGCCACUUGUGCCAUUUCUCCCAGAGGUGCAGUCUAACGACAGGAAAAUAAUGUUCCAGGAAAAGCUGCUGUGGACGCUGAUAGCAAUACUUAUAUAUUUCGUUGCUUCACAGAUUCCUUUAUUUGGAAUUAUGAUAAACGACAAGGCAGAUCCAGUGUACUGGCUGAGGGCUAUGAUGGCAGGAAACAGGGGAACUCUCAUGGAUUUGGGCCUAGGGCCAAUUCUUAUGACAAGUUCAAUCAUACAGUUUUUCAACUUUAUGGACAUACUCACAAUUGACGAGAACAUCAAGGAGGACGCAGUUCUCUUUUCGGCCUUCCAGAAGUGCCUGGCCCUGAUUAUUACGUUUGGGCAGGCGCUUGUUCAGGUGUCCACAGGGUUCUUCGGGGCGCCAGCAAACCUGGGGCUUUCCGUGUGCUGUCUAAUUGUGUUCCAGCUGAUGAUGUCUGGGGUGAUAAUCAUUCUUCUGGACGAGCUGCUCCAGAAGGGGUACGGCCUGGGCUCGGGGGUGAACCUAUUUAUUGUUGCCAAUAUUUGCGAGUCCAUCGUCUGGAAGUCGUUCAGCCCGUCUGUUUUCAACACAGGAAAGGGCCCGGAGUUUGAGGGCUCUAUCAUAAGCCUGCUGCAGCUGCUGAAGGUGCGGCGAAACAAGCUGGAGGCGUUGUACGAGGCUUUCUUCAGGAAGAAUCUGCCAAACAUUUUCUGCCUGCUUUCAACGAUCUCCAUGUUCUGCAUCGUCAUUUAUCUGUACAACAUAAAGCUGGAUCUACCGCUGGAGUCCACGCAGGUAAAAACAAAGCACAUGAACUGGGGAAUUAAGCUGUUCUACGUGUCCAGCACGCCCAUUAUUAUCCAGAACCAGGCCAUCACGGCGUUCUACAGAAUAUCCAGAUUCCUUUUCGACAAGUUCCCAAACAAGUGGUUUAUUCGGAUUAUGGGGGUGUGGGACCUGAACGAAAGCAUGAUGUAUGUUCCUGUCAAGGGAAUUGCAUACUACAUUUCGCCGCCUGCAAGUGUUCUUGCUGGCCUGAAAAGCCCUGUCCACUUCCUAAUAUACGCAGUGUUCAUGCUGACAACGUCCGCACUUCUGGCAUACUACUGGGUUGAAAUCAACGAAAACUCGCCUGCCGAGGUGGGAAAACAGCUGUCAAAGCAGAAGCUGGUUGUAAAGGGGUACUCCGCGCAGGGCACGCAAGAAAUGCUGAACAGGUACAUUCCAAUUGCAGCAAUCUUAUCAGGAAUCAUUGUGGGCGUGAUUAGCAUUGUGAGUGACCUUUUGGACACAAUUGGGUCUGGGCAGAACAUAAUACUUGCAGUCUCCAUUAUUGGCCAGUACUUUGAGCUGUUUGUGAAGGAGCAAAUGAAGUACAAAGGAAUGGCUGGAAUGCAGUAG